AUGGUAGGAAGGGAUACUGAACCUUCUGUUAGGGAGAUUCUGUACUCAAAGCUGGGCGAAGUUUCGACGGAGUCGAAGGUGAAGACAAUGUCUUCGACGUCGUCGUUCAUUUUCAGGGCACCUCGUGAGCUGCGUCCGGUAAAUGAAGGAGCCUUCGAACAGCAGAUCAUCUCCAUAGGACCGUACCACCACGGAAAAGAUCAUUUGAAGGCAAUGGAAACGCACAAAGUUGGUUAUUUAAGUAGCCUUCUCCAACGAUGCUCUGGUGGCUUGGAAAACUACAUCGUGGCCUAUAUGUCCAUAGAACAAGAAGUUCGCAAUUGCUAUGCCGAACACGAUGAUUCCGCUAUGAGCUCUGCAGAGUUCGGGGCGAUUAUGGUCGUCGACGGAUUGUUUGUUGUUCAACUCAUUAGCAAAUUCAUGGAUCCUCAACUGAGAGAAUCAAACGAUUCCCUGUUCAAGCAGAAUUUGAAUCUAUCUUUUGUGGCUCUAGAUUUGUUACUGCUUGAAAAUCAACUUCCUUUGUGUCUAUUGGAAAAGUUCGCUGAUAUGACCGGGCUGGGCGGGGAUACUUUUGCAAGAGAGGCUCUUAAUUUCUUCUCACGACAGAGCUGUCAGAACGAGGAAUCAAGUUCCGGCCAGGUGAGGAAAACUUAUUGUUUUGACAUCCAGUUCAAACAUGGAACGCUGUAUAUUCCAACCUUGAUAGUUGACCACGAUACAGAGAGAAUGAUGCGGAACCUCAUUGCUUACGAACAAUUCAAAGAUAAGUCAGGGAGCAUCGUUAUGGAUUAUGCUAGAUUCAUAGACUGCCUCAUCAACUACCCCGCCGAUGUUGCUUUGCUCUGCGACUGCAGGGUAAUCGACAAUCGGCUGGGUAGCAACGAAGAUGUCGCCAGCAUGAUUAACAAGAUCAACAAUUAUGUUUAUCUAUCCACCGGAAGAUUCUAUUAGUCCAACAUAUUCAACAAGGUGAACAAGCAUUGCAGACAACGACAGAACCUAUGGAAGGUGAAACUGAGGCAGACAUAUUUCAACACCCCCUGGGAUUGGGUUCUCACUUCCAUUGCUGCAGCCACUCUCCUGCUCGUACUUACCAUUUUGCAAAGUAUAUUUUCGGUUCUUGCUUAUUUCAAAAAAACUACAAGUUGAUUGUUCUUCAUGCUGUCGUGCU